UCAAGGCUUUUUGUCUCCGAACAUAUUCUUGCUCUCAAUCAGAUUCUUUGUACUCAUGUACCAGUACUGUCAGAUUUAUCACUAUUACAUUUUUUUAACCUUAAAAUUAAAUGUUCUUUUUUUUUUCCCAUGAAAGGUCUCUUAUUUCUGAGCUCUCUUCUUCUGAAGAAUUUCAUUACAAAUGUUUCAGCUCUGUGCCCCAAGCCUGUUGUGACUACAGUGUUGUAUUAUUAGUGAUUCUUUUCUUUAAAUAAGACCUUGUAUGGUCGAAUAACAAAUUUUAAUGUAAAAAGCUGCCGGUACCAUCACACUCGGACACACUGGGAAAAAUAUAUAUAUAUAAUUUUUUUUUUUAAUUGACCAUUACUCCUUCGGUUUUAGAUUUGUUAUGGAUUUCAUCUAUUUUCUGGACUCCACGAGUUUUGAACACCCAAUUGUUAAUAGGUAAUCCUCAGUACACUUGCACUUUGUUUCCCCAAAUACAAGGGACAGACCAGCCGGAGAGUAACAUCUGUUGACCAAGACGACAUCAUGGAUCUUGCUGUGUUUUCCCUUCUGAUCUUCGUUUCCUCGUUCAUGCCUUCCAUCCAAUCUCCAGAAUCCCCUGCUCCUAAUGUCACUGAUCUCACAUUUAAAAACAUUGACUUUGCAAUGAACCUUUAUCUUAAGAUUGCGAGCCGCCAUGACGACAACAUUUUCUUCUCGCCGCUGAGUGUUUCUACAGCAUUUGCUGCACUGUCUUUGGCAGCCAGGAACUCCACUCGCAGUGAAAUCUUGUCAGGACUGAAUCUGGACACGUUGGAACAGGCAGGGCAGCUGGAGCUCAUCCCACAGCUCUUCCAGCACUUGCAGAGGAACAUCAGCCAAGCUGGAACACUGAAGCUAGAACAGGGAACAGCACUCUUUGUGGACCUGAAUUUUCAAAUCGAGAAGGAUUUUGGUGAUCAGAUGAAGUUAUUCUUCAGUGCUGAUGUUGAGAAUGUGGACUUUAAGAAAUCUGAAACCUGUAAGAUCAUUAAUGAUCAUGUGAUGGAGAAAACUGGUGGUAAAGUGAAGGAGAUGGUGACUAGCCUUGAUCCCUUGACUCGACUGUUGCUGAUAAAUACGGUUUUCUUUCAGGGUGCCUGGAAGCAUCCUUUUAAUCCCAACAGCACUAACAGCGGUCGCUUUUACAUAGACAAGUAUAACGUUGUCCAGGUUCCCAUGAUGUUCGUUGUGGACAAAUUCUAUGUUGCCAGCGAUGAUGAACUUAGGGUGAAGGUGUUGCGUAUCCCUUAUUUGGGUGGUGCAGCCAUGCUUAUUGUCCUUCCUGACCUCUAUGUUGAUUACACUACUAUAGAUGAUGAGAUAAAUGCAGACAGAUUUCUUAGCUGGAUCAAGAAUAUGAAUAAGAAGAAAUUGGAGGUUUCUCUGCCAAAAUUUACAAUGGAACGGUCCUACGCUCUACACACCAUUCUACCAGCCAUGGGCAUUCAAGAUGUCUUCAAGGAUACUGCUAAUCUCAAAGGCAUGAGCCAAGAGCCUGGUCUAAAAGUCUCCCAGGUUCUGCAUAAAGCUGUGAUUGAAGUUGAUGAGAGAGGCACCACGGCGGCAGCAGCCACAAGCAUGGGCAUCACAGCAUACUCCAUGCCAGAAUUCUUCACCGUGAACAGGCCUUUCUUCUUUUUUAUUUACCAUGAAGCAACCAACAGUCUGUUGUUUAUGGGCAGGGUAAUUGAUCCCACUAAGUAA